AUGGACGGCACUGUGCUUGGUAAGCAAAAAGAAGGCCGCAGAACUUCUGCAAGCACAGGUGACCAUCAGCAAAAUUAUAAUCACCUCGUGCUCAAUAACUCCUCCCAGACACCCACAAACGAAAAACCACGUGUGAACAACAUCCUGACCUCUGCGACGGAACCGUAUGACCUUUCCUUCUCCCGAUCCUUUCAGAACCUCUCCCACCUCCCCCCAUCCUACGAGUCGGCUGUCAAGACCAAUCCAACUGACAAAGAAGCCGACGAAUAUUAUACGAGAAGACGCCAUCUUCCAGACCUGGCUGCCCGGGGGACGCUUCCCCUCAAUGUCAUAAAAAUGACCCAGGAUCAGUUGAACUAUAGAGAGAGACCAAGAAGACCUGUACGUGCCAUGUCUCAAGACCGAGUCCUGUCUCCAGAAAAGAACAUGCCGGGAGAAGAAGGUUAUGGAAUGCCAUAUGAUCGAAUCCUGUCAGAUGAGCAGCUUCUAUCUGCCGAACGGCUACACUCUCAAGAUCCUCUUCUGUCACCAGACAAGGCCAUGACCCUCAAAAGGUCUGACUUUCAAGAGAAAUCUCUGUCAAGAGCCAUUUCCCAAACGGAUGUCUUUGUUUCCACGCCUGUAUUGGAUCGUUACCGGAUGACAAAGAUGCACUCUCAUCCCAGUGCCUCAAAUAACUUAUAUAACACGUUGGGUGUGAACCAAACUGCUGCCAAACGCCAAGCCUUUGCUUCACGGAGGCAUAACACAGUCGAACAACUGCAUUAUAUUCCUGGACACCACCAACAGUACCGCACAGCUAGCAAAACAGAAGUGACUGUUUGA